CACGACCUGAACCAGAACCACACAGAACCAGCUCCGCACAACGACCAGAACCACGACCUGAACCACACAACGACCAGAACCACACAGAACCAGAACCACACAGAACCAGAACCACCCAGAGACCCCCCAACCCAGAGUCUGCUGCAGCCCCCUGACCAGCCGCCAGUAUGAUGCGUAAAGACGUCAACAAGCCGAAGGGGAAGACGUCGGCGUACGCCUUCUUCGUCCAGACGUGUAGAGAGGAACACCGGAAGAAGCACCCCGAGCAGUCGGUCAACUUCGCCGAGUUCUCCAAGAAAUGCUCCGAGAGAUGGAAGGGUCUGACCGCCAACGAUAAGAAGUGUUUCGAGGACAUGGCGAAGGCCGACAAGGUGCGUUACAACAGCGAGAUGAGAGACUACAUCCCACCCAAGGGCUUCGGAAAGAGAGGCCGCAAGAGGAAAGAUCCCAACGCUCCCAAGAGACCCCCGUCUGCGUUCUUCGUGUUCUGCAGUGAGUACCGUCCCAGUGUGAAGCAGCAGUAUCCCGGUCUCUCUAUAGGAGACUGUGCCAAGAAACUGGGAGAGAUGUGGAGCAAACUGACCCAGUCUGACAAACUGCCCUACGAGGAGAAGGCCCAGAAACUACGAGAGAAAUACGACCGGGACAUGGUGGCGUACCGCGGCGGCGGGACCUUCGCCAGGAACCCCGGCUCCUCAGCUCAGGGAGCAGAGGAAGAGGAGGACGACGAGGGAGAGGACGAUGACGAGGAGGACGAUGACGACGAGUAGAGAGGAAGAGCUGGAUGAGAGAGAGAGAGACUGAGAGUGUGAGACAGAGAGAGAGAGAGACAGGUAGGUGUGUGUGUGUGUGUGUGUGUGUGUUUCAGAGGGCAGACAGGUGGAGGUCAGUUUAAAACACAGGUGACAUCAUGUGUGAGUCAGUGAAGGCACCAUGAGCAGGACGUAUUAAUAAUAAUAAUGGUAAUAAUGGUAAUGAGCCCUACAUGGUGUCUCUCCAGGUGUCUCUCCAGGUGUGUUCUGGUGUCUGCAGCCCUCUGAUUGGAUCUCAUCAGGUCCCUGUGUUCAGCACGUCUUCUGGGCGUCCACCUCUAGAAAACCUAGUGACCACGUUGCACAUCUGGAAGCUACCAUAACGGCCGACACAGCACCAGAACUGCUCCAGUAUAGACCCCUGGACCUUAAUGGUGACGGUGAGCUGUAGACACCAGCAUAGACACCAGUAUAGAAACCAGUACAACACCAGUACAACACCAGUAUAGACUACAGGAAGUGAUGAUUUUAACCUGCUGAGUCAUGUGACAGGAAGUGAGACAGACGGGUCGCACUGAAACACACACACACACACACACACACACACACAACCACACAGUGUGUAUCAGUGUGUGUGUGUUUGUGUGAGGUCAUCAGAUGUUAAACUGUCCGACACCAGAGGACAGUACAGUAACCCCCCCUCACUGUUACCAUGGUUACCCUCCCACCCCACCCCCCUCCCUCACCCUGUGUGUUGCCAUGGAAACCCCUGACCCCUCCUCCUCCUCCUCCUCCUCCUGCGCUUCUUCUUCUUCAUGUUGUUUUUUAUUUUCUUACUGGAGUUGUUCUUCUGUUCUUUGUUCACUGUCGGUGUAGAAACUUCAACUUUUAUAAUAAAACCACCAACUGAGGGAAAAUCACUCUCCUCCUCC